CUGUUGCAUUGAAUGUUAUCGACGGUUUCACGUAUCGGCCGAUUGUGUUCGUGAUAGUGGCCGUGGAUGUUUACCAGAUCGCAAAUUUGUGGCGCCACAGUGAAAUUGCGUGGGACAAACAGGUGUCCUCCUGGAGACUUGACCAGCUAGAGAGCUGGACAGCUGUCCAAUUGGCUAGCCGAAUUCUGCGUUCAACAAGACGUGUAUCGUGUUCCACUGCAAUGUGCACCUGCGAACUCUUUGCCACUAGGUCAUCAGUUUGAAUCAAUGGAAGCCACAAAAUUCAUAAAAGGAAUUGGCCUGAGCAGGUCGAUCGGUGCUCGACAAUUGGGUAAUCUUUUAUGAAACGAAUGAGUGUGUGAAUCUCUACAGUCAGUUGAGUUUCAUCGUGGCUCCGUACUGUGUGUGGCGCCUUACCUGACAACCUGAACGCUUCUUCUCGUGCUUUUAGCCUCAGUGAAAUCGUGACCUGACAUUUUGUACAUUUCACGUGGCUUCAUUUCCCUAUUCUUCUCUCUAAUAUCUGUAUUCCGCGUUGUGUCAUAAAAUCUGUGUCGAUCUUCAAUACCUAGUUCUGGUGAAUCUGGAUCUGUGGAUUAUAAAUUUGUUAGCUAAGCCCACGCUUUGGGAAAGUGACCGGGUGUAUUGCACGUCGAUACGAGACUUCACCAACCGGAUAUUUUCCACGCUUAUUUAGGACAACCGUGCCGAAGAAUAAAUCUCAUCGUCUGUUACUAAGUUUCCUCCAAUUCGACGUCAUGCGAGAGAGCAGCGAAUCGCGAAGAUAGGAAGGAAGUUGGCACAUUUUGAUUGUGAAAUUGAUAUAAAAUAACCAACAAGGAGCCAGGAGAACACGUGACUAUUACUAAGCUCAGGUGAUGAUACCAGGGUCGUGUUUCACGCCAAGUACUUUAAGAAGAACCAUCGAGAAUGUUUCGUUCGAAGAUUCGCAUUCACACUUGUCAAGUGAUCCUAUUAACAUCCUUGGUAUGGUUCCUCGUGGACGUCAUGGUUCUGAUGUUCUAUUCGGACUGUAUUGGAGGUACCGGAUGGGGCUGUCCUGACAAUAGACAGCAAGCAAUCACGGAUGAGAGUCAGCCAAAGGCUGCUGCUAUUGUUGCUCUCGAGCACGAGGAGGAAACGUCGAUUGUCACCAAGAGACAUUACAAGCAGUCGGAACUUCAUUUAUGGAGACCAGCGAAACACGUGCGAGAGAAUAAAGGAAACCCUGGAGAGUUGGGCUCCCCGGUUCACAUUCCGCCGGAGAAGGAAGCCAAGCAGCAGGAACUCUUUAAGCUAAAUCAAUUCAAUUUAAUGGCUUCCGACAUGAUCUCUCUGAAUAGAUCGCUUAAGGACGUCAGAUUGGAAGGCUGCAGGGACAAGAAAUACAACAAGUACUUGCCUGAUACGAGUAUCGUAAUUGUUUUUCACAAUGAAGCAUGGAGUACCUUACUUAGGACUGUUUGGUCGGUGAUCAAUAGAUCCCCACGCGCUUUGCUCAAAGAAAUCAUCCUUGUUGAUGAUUCAAGUGAAAGAGAUCACUUGAAAAAAGAUCUGGAAAAUUAUGUGAAGACGUUGCCAGUUCCAACCUACGUUUAUCGCACAGUCAAAAGAUCGGGACUUAUAAGGGCCAGAUUGUUGGGUGCUAAACACGUAAAGGGUCAGGUUAUCACGUUUCUGGAUGCUCACUGCGAAUGCACGGAAGGAUGGUUGGAGCCACUUUUAUCCAGAAUUGCUGAUGACAGAACAACAGUUGUUUGUCCAAUCAUCGAUGUGAUCAGCGAUGAUACAUUCGAAUAUAUUACAGCAAGUGACAUGACUUGGGGUGGUUUCAAUUGGAAGCUUAACUUUAGGUGGUACCGGGUGGCUCCGAGAGAAAUGGAGAGGCGGAAUGGCGACAGAACGGCUCCGCUCAGGACCCCGACAAUGGCUGGUGGUUUAUUCUCCAUCGAUAAAGAGUACUUUUACGAAUUGGGUGCCUACGACGAAGGAAUGGAUAUCUGGGGUGGCGAGAAUCUCGAAAUGAGUUUCCGGAUAUGGAUGUGUGGUGGAACUCUGGAAAUUGCUACAUGCUCCCACGUAGGACAUGUUUUCCGUAAGUCCACGCCGUACACAUUCCCUGGCGGUACCAGCAAGAUCGUCAACCACAACAAUGCCAGGCUCGCCGAAGUCUGGCUGGACCAGUGGAAGUACUUCUAUUACAACAUUAAUCCAGGCGCCAAAAGUGUUCCUGUCGGCGACGUAUCAGAACGUAUCAAGCUUCGAAAGAAACUCAAAUGUAAGAGCUUCCGUUGGUACCUCGAAAACAUUUAUCCUGAGUCUCCGAUGCCCUUGGAUUAUUACUAUCUUGGUGAUGUGAAGAAUGUAGAAACGGGAACGUGUCUUGAUACGAUGAGCAGAAGAACGGGAGAACCGGUUGGCAUAAGUUACUGCCACGGUCUAGGCGGCAAUCAAGUAUUUGCUUACACAAAAAGGCAGCAAAUUAUGUCAGAUGACAUGUGCUUAGACGCCACAGAUCGCCAUGCGACAGUCAAAAUUGUUAGAUGUCAUGGAAUGGGUGGAAAUCAAGUUUGGGUCUACGAUGACGAAACAAAAAUGAUCAGGCAUACCAACACAGGAUACUGCUUAACAAAACCAAAACCAUCGGACGCCACGCAGCCAGUUUUGGCGGUAUGUAACAGUGAAAACCUUGGACAGAAGUGGAUAAUGCAGAGUAAAUUCAAAUGGCAAGCUAGCUAAUACCGGGCAGCCAAGAAAGUUAAGAAAAAUGCACGCAAUACUUGUUGAUCUAUUUAAUGAGUCUUAAUACGAAGAAUGGUGAAUCGUGAAGUGUCUAAUGAUUCUCGACUCAAGGCGUAUCAUAUGUAGGGUACAACUUGAUCUUCGAUAAACCCCACUAUUAAAAGCUAAUCUCCUGGGAAUUGACUAGACACAGAAUCGACUAAGACCUUGAUUUCUGCUAUCAAGAGACAAGGUUCCAGCCGAUUACUUUGGAUUAUCUAGGGCUUAUCUAAUGUUGAUAGCAGUAUCGAGCAUUUACUGCCAUUUUUUACGGUAUGCCUUAGUAAAUUGCACCUGAAGUUGGGGAGCAGCAAUGAUGAUGAUGAUAGCAAUCAUAAUUAUGGUCGAGAUGAUAACGUUAGUGAUCGAUCAUGAUGUGAUAUCAUCGUUUGAGAGAGAACGAACGAGAGCGAGUUUGAAAUUGUAUGAUAGUAGUAAGGAUGCGAGGCUCAAAAUGAUUACUUUUGUUCCCCUUGGUGAAUAAUCAUCUUGCAACUGCGCAGAGCCGCACGGAAGUGCAUGCUAAGUGUUUUUGGAACAAAAGAGUAAACGAAAAGGUUUGGAGGAUUAAGCAUAUCAGACCACUGUUAUUAAUAAAUCAUUGUUGACCUAGAGAUUUAAAUUCAGAUGUAUUUCAUAGUCUUUUGGGACGAGUGCAAUGGCGACGACCCGACUAUUCGUACGUCGUAUUAUGAUGACAGACUUUAUUGCCUGAUAGGUUCGCGAGUCGUAAAUGAUGUGUCCUUAACUCAUUACAAUACAUUAGAUAGAGCGAGGCGCCUACUAUAACUAUUCAUUUAGUUACUCAAGUGAAUUUCAACUCCAUCUACAAAUAGAUUCUUUUCCAUUACGUCCUAUUUGCAGACACUCUAAUUCUGUACGACGACAUGCUAAGACGAAUGAAUAACACUACACUUUUCCUACUAUUUCCAUUCAUGCCCCCCCCCUCCCUCAAAAAACAAAAAACAUACAAAAAAACUAUUAAAAAGAAACGUACUUUUCGUGAUCAUACAAUGAAAGAAGAAAAAAUAUCGGGCAAACAGAUAUGUCUUAUUGAGGCACGACCACUGAAAUAUGCGGUCCCAUAUUAUGCAUUAGUUGUUGCAAAAGUAAUUAAUUCGCGAAUGCGAAACUCAAACUGGAAGUGCUUGAAAUUAGAGAACAUUACUAUUUCAUCUUUAUGCUUAUAAUUUUUACUGUUAUUUUGAACCUAAUAGAUUCAGCAGUUUGUCCGUAACUUUGCCUACAAAAAUUCGUGUUUGGAAGUACAACACAGAUUAUUCUCCACAUGUUUCAUGCGGUUGUGCCUUAGAAAUAAAAAAGCAGAUUUCUUCUUUUCCAUUUCAUAGUAUCGUUUGCGAAAAUGACGAUAUAAAAUGGAUAUGCCUAUUAUAUUCGCCGUGAGAUUUGUACAGAUAUAUAUAUAUACAUGCAUAUGUAUAUCUUUAAAUAUAUCUAUAAUACAUCAAUCGAUCUGGUUGAAUUUUACUGAAUGAUUUUGAGACUCAACUAGCGGGAAUAAUAUGACGGUUAGUAAGAGGACCUAUAUAAUUCUAUAGGAAUCCUUAAUAAGGUAAUUAUGGUGUUGGUGCAACGGUUUAUUAUCCCCUUAACAGCUUGAAUAUAUUUAAUUAGUCGUUCUUAAGACUGCAGUAUUUAUUUUUGUACAGUUCCACAAUUGAGUUGUAUACUUUAGAUAGAAUGAAGAUAACAUGAGUAAGGAAUAUUAUAAUGCGAUGAGAAACAUUAGGUAUGAAUUGCGUUAUAGAAUUUGAGCCAAGUUAUAGCCUUAUAGGCAUCUGUUCCUGGUGACAAAACAAAAAACAACUGGAACAAUUUAUUUCUUUAUUGUGUAUAGAAAAACAAACGAAACUAUGUAUUAUAUCUCACUCAGCCGAUUCGUACUGCAGAAAGUUUCUAACAAGUAAUAAAUACGUAUAUCUCGCUAUCGAGAUAUUCGAUAGAUAUACGCGUAUCAUCAUGACAUCGUAGUGUCACAAUUUUUAAUUAUGUUUUAGUUACACUUAGAUACAUCAUAUACAUCAAAGAAAAAGAAUAAAAAAGAGGGAGCUGAUGAUAUGAUGCAGAUGAAUAUGAUCAAUUUCAUAAUCUGUAACAAAGCACACUACAACUUCCUUUACUUCUUUGUCAGUAGUAUACAUUUAUAGAGAGCGUACUAAAUUAACUGACAACUAUUGUAGUAAUAGCGAAAUAAAAUUAGAGAGGGUAAGAAUAAGAGAAAGAGAGAGAGAGAGAACGGUAGAGAACUAAAGAAAUUUUAUAACGUUACCGAAAUUUUAAUUUUUAAUGUGGAUUCCAUUACGUGUCGGUACAUAACGAUGGUCCAAUGUAGUAAUAAAAGUAUAUUCUAUUUCCUAAUUCGCCGAGAAUAAUUAUGUACUAUUUCGAUGUUGAACAAACUCUCAAUGGCAAUGAUAUAAUAUUUCGCGGAUGAAAGCUGCGAUACAAUUUAAGGACAAUAAUGACAAGCAGAUACUUUUCAUCAUGUUUUUUUUUCCUUGUAACGUUUCAACAAACAUAUGUAUACAUGAUGUGACCAUUAAUACUUAUAAAUUACCGUCUACCUUAUAUAUAUAUAUAGUUUAUUUAUUCAUUAAGGCGAGUCCGUCAAUCGGACUUCUCGUUUGAUCGUCUAACGACAAAUUAUUGUGGGUCCCUUUAAAAGCAUACGACUAGUAAAUUGUAUAUUGUAUAACAAUUUUAAAGAUGACCUACUGCAUGCGGCUUUGAGGGAACAAGAAAAAUGAUAUUAAUCUCUGAAAUGUUGUCGUUGGUCGUGAGGUGCUAGAAAGUAAUAUAAACGAAUGGAUCAUCGUUAAUGUACGAUCAGAACAAUUCUUAAUAACCUCGAUAAUAGAGGAUAGUUAUUUACACAUAGAAUUUUCUCCAAUUGAGGAUCCAACGAGCUUCGGAUACUUGCACUAUGUAUAUAUAUUUAUAUAUAUAUAUAUAUUUUAUAAUGAUUCUUCAAAAAUCUUUAUAAUUUACAAGAAAAUUUUGAUCUGCGUUAAACUUAAUUGAAAAACCAUUUGAUUGGAUUGUAAAUUGAGCCGUCGCUCGUACGCCAUGUUUCGUACACUUAUGAGUGGAAAAAAUUAUAUUGCUUUGUAAAUCUAUUUAAUAGUUCAAUAGACCAGGCAUUCCACUUUGACUGUAAAUUAUAUUUUACUACCUGCAUA